AGACUGCAGUAAAGUGGCAAUGUCUCGGGAACCCAGCCCACCUCUCCCUGGAGAUAUGUCUACUGGUCCUAUAGCAGAAAGCUGGUGUUAUACACAGGUUAAAGUAGUAAAAUUUUCCUACAUGUGGACCAUUAAUAACUUCAGUUUUUGUCGAGAGGAAAUGGGUGAAGUGUUAAAAAGUUCAACAUUCUCAUCUAGCCCCAGUGACAAAAUGAAAUGGUGCCUGAGGGUAAAUCCAAAGGGAUUAGAUGAUGAAAGUAAAGACUACUUGUCCUUAUAUUUGCUUUUAGUCAGCUGCCCAAAAAGUGAAGUUCGAGCAAAAUUCAAAUUUUCCCUUCUAAACGCUAAAAGGGAAGAAACAAAGGCAAUGGAAAGCCAAAGAGCAUAUCGAUUUGUACAAGGGAAAGACUGGGGUUUUAAAAAAUUCAUUCGAAGGGAUUUUUUGCUUGAUGAAGCUAAUGGUCUUUUACCAGACGACAAGCUUACAUUAUUUUGUGAGGUGAGUGUGGUCCAAGAUUCAGUAAAUAUAUCAGGACAUACUAAUACAAAUACUUUGAAGGUGCCUGAAUGUCGACUAGCAGAAGAUUUAGGUAAUCUCUGGGAAAACACAAGAUUUACAGAUUGCAGUUUUUUUGUGAGAGGACAAGAAUUUAAAGCUCAUAAAUCUGUACUUGCAGCUCGAUCCCCAGUUUUUAAUGCAAUGUUUGAACAUGAAAUGGAAGAAAGCAAAAAGAAUCGAGUGGAAAUAAAUGAUGUAGACCCUGAGGUUUUUAAAGAAAUGAUGAGAUUCAUUUACACAGGAAAAGCACCAAACCUUGACAAAAUGGCUGACAACUUGUUGGCAGCUGCAGACAAAUAUGCACUGGAACGGCUGAAGGUCAUGUGUGAAGAAGCUUUGUGUAGUAACCUCUCAGUAGAAAAUGUUGCUGAUACCCUUGUCCUUGCAGAUUUGCACAGUGCAGAACAGCUGAAAGCACAAGCCAUAGACUUUAUUAAUAGGUGCAGUGUACUUCGACAGCUUGGGUGUAAAGAUGGGAAAAACUGGAACAGCAACCAAGCCGCGGACAUAAUGGAAACAUCAGGGUGGAAGUCCAUGAUUCAGUCUCACCCUCAUUUAGUUGCAGAAGCCUUCCGAGCACUAGCAUCUGCACAGUGUCCACAGUUUGGCAUUCCACGCAAACGGCUAAAACAGUCCUGAAAUCUUCCAUGAACUGUAGAAAAAUGGAAUUGACUUUUACUUCUCCAGGUCCAGAAGGAUUCUAAUAUACAAACCAUAAGCAAGAGUUGUUUCUGUUGUCUUGUCCACAGAACAGAAGCUGAAAAAGCAUAUUGCUUGCAUUUCAGGUGGAUAAUUUAUGGUUUAUUCUUCAGCUUUAAAUUAGACUGAUUAUACUCUAAUUCACUUCAAGGCCUUAAAUUAUCUUCAAUGACUUCUCUUGUUCAUAUAAUACUUUAAUUUUUUUAUUGUGCCUUGUCAUUUUGACUAAGGCUAUGCAGGAUUGCACUAGCUCCAUAAUGCAGUAAUAUUGAUAACUGAAGAUAUUAAGUUUGAAAAGGAUCUUCCAUUAGUUUGAGAAAAAAGCAAAAUGAAUUUUAUAGGGUUUGUCCUAUGCUGUCUCAAAGUUUAAAACUAGGUUCUUAAAAGCACUUGUAUUGGAGAUUACUGAUAAUGUCUCCAGUCUAAGUUUUAUAAAUAUAGGAGAACCUGCUUACCUUCAAGGUAAGUUACGGCAAUACACUGCUUCAAUUCUAAUUUAUUUUUCAUUUCAGGGGGCAAAUAUGCAAUGAGUUGGCCCAAAUUUUUAGUAAAAUUUAUGAUGUUUGUCUGUGUGUUGACUGUCCAACAAACUAAGAGAAGCAUAACAAACCUUUGCUUGUGUUUUUUGUGGGUUUAUUCAAGUUUACAAUGAUUGAGGACUGAUUGAGGUUAAGAUUUCAAUAAAAAGAAAGCAUGUUUUGUGCUGAAUUAAUUUUUUUUUAAUUUAUAGUGACCUACGUUUAUAUGAAGAAUUCUGUCCAUGUUGAAAGUAAGGAUGACCAAAUGUAAAUUUAACAAGUGGGCCAAUUAAGAAAGAUAUAUAUGCACUUUUAAUGUGUAACUUUUGUAUGCUAAAUGGUACAUAUUUUUUUUGUUUUGAAGGUAUUAAUAAGGUAUAAUUAAUUGUGUCUUAACUUUUGAAAGGAUUUUUUAAGACCGAUGGAGGCAAUUGGGAUGUUUGUGAUAAUAGAUAAGAAAGAUAUCCUUGAUUAUAGUUAAAUUGGUUUGAAUUUCAGAUAUUUAUUAUUGAAUUUAUUCCUGUCUUAUCACACUUUGGAGAAGGCAACUGAACAAUAAACAAAUCCUGGAUACUCUACUCUCCUUCUGAAAACAGUGAACUUACAUUAUUUGCAGACUAGAGGAGAGAACCUUUAGAAAUAUGUCAGGCCACACUCUGAACCUUUAUUCCCCCCCUAGCUUUCUCCUUUCUGUUUCAGUUACUGUACUAACAUUGUGGAUGAUACUGAAAUUCUGCAUAAUGUGAACAGGAUAAACGAUUUAUAAACUG